UACACGACCACAAGGGGGGGAUGUUGACUACGACGAGACAUGAGGAUUUAGUGAUUAAAACAAAUCAGCUUUAACGCUAAAUGUAGUUUAUUGCUUAGUGUUUCUUCCGUUAUUGUUGCUUUGAGAAGAGUGUUAAGUUACUUUUUUAUUGUCAGCUGACCACAACUUUGCACGUAUGUUUUUCUGCUGGGUUAGCCAACCGGUUUCAGUAAAGUUUGGUUGCAAAUCGUCACAGUUCCUCCUCCCUAUUGGCAAAGAUGGAGACAGACCAUGUUAAGACUCCACAGUCGCUGUCAGCUAAAUUUGAGGGGUCUUUUGCAUAUCUGACAGUAAGGGACAGGCUGCCAACGAUCCUGACAAAAGUUAUAGACACCAUUCAUCGAAAUAAGAACAGUUUCUUUGAGGAACAUGGGGAGGAAGGAGUUAAUGCAGAGAAAAGGGCCAUCUCCUUCCUGUCUAAGCUAAGAAAUGAGCUGCAGACAGACAAGCCGGUGUUGCCUUUGUCUGAUGACGCAGAGGAUACAGCGGCCUGGAACGAGUACAUGCAGAGACAACAGGACAUGAUGGAGGACAGGCAGCCUGUCAGCUGGUUCAAGUCACCUUGGCUUUAUGUGGAGUGCUACAUGUACAGGAGGAUCCAGGAGGCAUUGUGGCUAAAUCCUCCAAUAGGUGACUUUGAUGUGUUCAAGGAGGGAAAGACGCAAAGCUUCUUUGAAUCUCAGCAGGCAAUAAUAUUUCUCUGUACACACCUUCGAGAGGUCCUCACCAGCAUGGAUAACCCUAAUAAGAAACAGCUCUUUGACCACUUUCUCAAGUUUCUACAGGUGUCUUUGUGGGGGAACAAGUGUGAUUUGUCCAUCUCAGCUGGUCAGGACAACUCUCAAAAGACCAGCCCCAUUGAGUCUCUGGCCAGUCUGCAGCGUUUCAUCCUUGUGGAUGACUCUGAUCAGGUGUGGUCAGCUUUAAUGGCUCUGCAGGGUUCCAGAGAGACGGAGAAGAGAGGAGCUAGAGUGGACCUCAUUCUAGACAAUGCUGGGUUUGAACUCCUCACUGACCUGGUACUUGCAGAUUUUCUUGUUUCUGUUGGACUGGCAAAGGAAGUGCGGUUCCACGGCAAGUCCUUCCCGUGGUUUGUCUCUGAUGUCACCAAGAAGGAUUUUGAUUGGACUAUAAAGCAGACCGUGGCGUCCAAUCACAAGCAAAUGUCAGCAUGUGGUGUCCAGUGGAAACACUUAUUGAAGGAAGGGGUGUGGUCAUACCAUGAUCAUCGGUUCUGGACAUUACCACAUGAGUUCUGCGACAUGCCAACUGAUGCAGCAGAUCUUUACACCGCUUUACAGGGUUCGGAUCUAAUUCUUUUCAAGGGAGACCUAAAUUACCGCAAACUGACUGGUGAUAGAGACUGGGAACACACUGUUCCUUUUGCCAGAGCCUUGAGGGGCUUCCAUCCUGCCCCGCUGUGCAGCCUCAGAACACUAAAGGCUAACGUCCAAGUGGGCUUACAGCCAGGCCAUGGUGAAAUGCUCACGUCUCAGGAGCCAGACUGGAUGACCAAUGGCAAAUACGCUGUAGUUCAGUUCUUCUGUCCACCCAGAGAACAGUAGGGAUGUUCUUAGAGACAGUGUUCACUACAGACAUGGAGGAAAUGGUUAAUGCUUUGAAAACAGGCCUAGACCAGAAAAGAAAUAAUGAGAGAGGACUGUUUUUCUCCUGUAAUUAAUUACACACUGCACUGUGUGGUCUUUGUUAUUUUGUGCCCUCAUUUUUUCCAAAAGCUCCUAAGAACAUAAGCAUGCAUUGUAACACUUAUUGCUGCUGUCAAUUUGUUCCUUAGUGGAACACAGAGUUACUACAAAGACAAAAAUGUCUUUUAAAAAGCAUUUUCUGCCAACAAGCUUGUGAAAGUUAAGUAAAGUCAUAAGAUGUACUAAUAUUUUUGAUAAGCAGCUUGUUUCAGCAGAUUAAACUGAUGUCUGUGAGCUAUUACAAAACAACUGUUUUUGCUUUGGCAAAUGUUCUGCACCAGCAGAAGCAUCUGUUAGCUUUUCCUCUGGACAGUGUGGUAUGGCAUGGUACAGUAACAAAUCUGUGAUUCCACACCCACAGUUGGUCGAAAUUUCCAUUGCCAAGUGACUCAGACCAUAAAUAAGCACCCAUGCUGAAUUUAGUUACUCUUCUGUUUACUUUUCAGGAGAUAUUUCUGAGGAGAUUAGAUAUAAGAUAAUCAACUUGCAUGAUGAAGAUAAAAGUCAAAUAAGUAAAAAAAAAAAAAGUUUCCAAAACUGAAGUUCAAAAAUUUAGUAAACAUUUCAUAGAAAUUGGGACUUCUAACAACCGUGCCAGACCUGGUAGGCCACCAAAACUGUCCCCAUAAGAUAAACAGUACUUAAAGCUUUCGUCUGAUUCAGAUUUAGUCCUUCCACUGUGAGAAGACAACUCAACACUAUGAGUCUGAAAGGAUGUAUAGCUGUCAAGAAGCCCUUACUGAGAAAAGGAAAUUGAGAAAAUAUUCAAAUCAAACAAAAAGCUGCUGUUGUUCUUACAACAUCACUAAGUGUGUCUGGGAUUACUUGGAUUUUGAGAAACGGAAAAUGCAACCUCUAAGACUGAACUUUGGAGGCAUGGAAAAUAUCCCUGCAGAUUUCUUUGAAGAACUGAAAGGACGUCCUGAAGGGUGGACGUAUUAUAUUUCAUUGUUGAGGCGUCUGUGUAAUAUGUAAAAUAUUUUUCUCCCUUUUUCCUGAUGCUUAAAAACAAAUAACUUGCACUUAAAGGCUGUUUUCAUUGGAAAUGAAAAAAAAAUACACAUGGUCAUUGACUUUUGCAAAGUAUUGUGUAAAUUAUGCACAUUUUUUGAUGUGUCAAAUGCAGUCCUGACAAAAUCAUCAGAAUUUGUCCUACUAUCAUGGGACUGUUGUGCGUUGGGAAAUAUAUAGAGAUACUUCACCAGGGUACAGAUAGUUCUGGAUUCAGAUUAAUAACUGUACUGUGCCUGCACUGUCUGAUGGAAAAAAGCUAUUAGCCACCUGCUUAUUUGUGAGAUGCUGCAUGUUGCUUGUGGUUUGGUACCCACUCUCUCUCUCUUUGUAAUCUAGAAUCCCUAUCACAGCUGUAUGCUGCAUGAGACAGCACAUUUUUCAGUUCAAAUUUCCGUUUUCUCUUGAGUCGAGCAACAAUAUGGAUUGAAAAAUGAAGAAUUAUUUAUUAUGACAAAGCAUUCAGGUGUAAUUUGUGUUGGCAAGCUGCAACAAUUUUCGAAACUGUCGAGUUUUACACAGAAAAAAAGUUUACAGAGCUUGAUGUAAUUUUGAUCGUAACUCGGCACCCGUUGUGUGAAUGGAAUUCAAAACUGAAAAUAAAUAUGAAAUGAAACUUUA